CAUUCUCGCUGGCUCAGUAUCUGCGGCGUGGAGUACGGAUGGGGCAGCUCCAGCUCAGUGCCAGUGCCAACCUUGACUCCUGGGCUGCCACACUGGCGGCAAAUGACGUUGCUUUCAAUUUUUUUCGCGAUGAGACGAUUGGUAGAUAGUUAUUGUUUUUUGUGUCAACGAAUUGACUGUUUUGUAAAAGGAAACAUCCACUGAAAAAGGACUGUGACCUGAAAUUAAAAACAGUACAGUAAUCUUAAACUACUUGUGAAACAUUGUAAACACAUUCGAGUGUCUGUGCAAGAGAAACACACAGAGAGAAUUAACCCUGAAGAUAAACCCAGAAUAUUGGUGACGAUGUGAACGUAUCAUUUCAAGAGUUUCAGGUAGAGAAGGAAAAUAACUAAGAAAAGACAAAAACUAAAGAGAAAACAUGUAAAUAUCACUUUAUUUCACCUAGAUUAUGAAUAGAAAGGAUCGUAUUGAGGCUUAAUGGCGAAGGAACGUGGUCAGCAGACGUAAGAACAGAUGCUACACACUUACACAUUUACCAGAGGUCAGAAAAUGUACAGCCUCUUACUGGAACUGAAAUAUCAAGGGACAUUGAAUAUAUAAACUAUAAUAAUCACGUAUUUUAGGUGUGAAUUGGUUCACCAGUGAAUAAAGUUAAAAAUGAACAUUAAAACUCCGCAGUGUUGAAAUAGCAGUGCGAUUACUGCGGCAAAUUGUGUAAAAAUUGUGUAAUCGUGAUUGUGGACAUUUAAUUGUAAAAGGAACCCCCCCUAACCUAACCUAACCCCCCCCCACCCGAAAAAUAUACAUACUAAUACGAAAAAAAAAAAUUAUAAACUGUCGCGAUAAAAAGCGUUCAUUGUUUGGAAGGAAAUUUAUUAAUACAUUCUGUGUCCAUUACAAGAGUCAGGCAGAUGUUGCAUUAAUGAUUAUACCUGGUUAUGUCAAUAAAAUAUUCAGAAGCUUCUAUCUUCCAUAAUCUUUAAUCGUUGGUGGAAUAGUGGAAUUACUAACCUUAUUUAUCGAAGUGCAGUGAAAAUAUUAAUAACGUCAACAUUGAAUUCACCGAAGAGGAAAAUAACAAGUACUUGAAAUCCAGAUAAAAAUACGUCAAGUGUUUUGGCAGCACAAUGUAUGUACGGAGAGUGUCACCAAGGCAUAUGUCCAGCGUCAGGAUGUGGGCGUGGAUAUGGGCAUCGGCGUGUCUCUCCACCGCAACGCCCACAACUUCCUUCAUUUCCCGGUCCGAAGAGUCACCAGGCACCAGCGUGGUAAACGUCCUCAACCGUAUGGUGCAGGUCUUAGAGACACAAGAGAGACACACGGCGCUGUAUGAACGUGUGGCACUGUUGGAGGAGACGCUCAGCAAGAAGACUGAAACAGAGAUGAGACUGGAGUCGGAGCUGCUACAACUGAGGGCCAAGAUCCCCGCCCUGGAGGAAGAGAUCAACACUAUCCCGGAGAUGAAGAAGGCUCUGGCAGAGUUUGAGGCCAAGAUUGAGAAGUUGGUGCACGACUAUGAGGCCAAACUCUCCACGUUGGCUUCCGAGGUUAUCCGUCUCAAGAAAUACGGGGCUAGAAGGAAGGAUUUUCAGACUCUGAGUGACGGCAGCAACAUGCUCUUAAGUAGAGCACCGUCGUGUCCGGAGGUGGGUCUCGGCCUGGUAGCUGAGCGGGUUGGUGAGCAGUGCCUCUACUUCUCCCUAGGAUCUCAGCUCAACUGGACUGCUGCACACCGCCACUGUCAGGAGCUCGGGGGUGACCUGGCAGCUCCCCAGGACCUCGUUCCUCUCAAGACCUUCCUUCACCAGGCUUUCAUUCGCGGACCUUCUUUAUGGCUUGGAGCUUCCUAUGACUUAGACGAUGCCGACACAGCUGCCGUCGAUGUCAGCGAUGCAGUGUCUCUCCUCCCACCCAACCAGAGCCUCCAAAACCUCCCACAGAAUAUCGGCAACUCCGAGUCUGCUCAGGACAUAGUCGUUGAAUCAGAACCCCCUUGCGAACCCCAGGACAAUAACGAAGACGAUUUUCCAUCUGGACUUAAACCUGCAGUGAUGUCAGAACACAUUCACCCUAUGCUCCUGGAUGAAGGUCACAGCGAUGUUGACGACAACGACUUGGGAGAGAUAGCAGGGGCUACAGGGAGCUUACGAAGGAUUCUGGAGCAAGUUGCGAUGUUUAAUGAAAACUUUUCUGGGGACAACGGAAGAAUCACCCUCCCUCGCAGGGUCUUGAACCCUCGCGAAAACGCUUUAAGUAAGUCGACUGGACGUGACGCUGCAAAAGAUUUACUGAUGGACAGAAUUCGCCUUUCUUUGCCUGUAGUAGACGUUAUUCUUCUCCCAGAGCAGGCGGAAAACUCAGCACCCUCACCCGAAGCCUUGAAUGACCAGAACCUUCCAGAAUACUCCAAUUUGGAAGAACGUUCUAUCUCUGGUAAUAUAAAUCUAACAGAUAUUUCUUUAGAGGGUCCUACUGCGCCGCCCGGAGAUACCAGCGAUGAGAGGGCAGUACCGGGAGACGAAGGUGAAGGCCAAGAAGCUGGGUCUUCAGAGGCUCAAGGAGCGGGAACCAGUAAGGGGGCGAGGAAGGCAAGGAUGAAGUGCAUGCUCUUACAGCAAAAGGAAUCUUUAGAGUACGAGCUGAUAGGACGACCUUGUGAUGAACUACACACCUUCGUUUGUGACAUGAAAUUUUCCUUUAAUCUCUUGCAUGAGUGAUUUCCUUUUUUUUUUGACAAACUAUAUAAAUGUGUAUACGCCUCUAAAUAUAUAUCCCCAGAUAUCAUAAUCACAUAACCAUGUGAAGUUGACGGUAUCGCUACGGUGAAGAGCAGGAUGCUGUUAUUCUUUGAAAUAUUGCUGUAGUACAAUCUUGAAUGUCAAUGCAAGCACCUUACUCGCAUUACAAGAUAUUUGGUACUUCAGAUGUUAUGAACUAAUUUGGUCAUAUGGGGUAAAUAAAUAGUGAAAGUUGGUAAGCUGAUACCUCAGAUCUAUUUGUGUCUAGUUAUUUAUACAUCAAUCUCAAGCGAAGCUAUUGUAUGUAUCGACUAGUUUGUUCCUUUUGGCAUUUUUAUCUAGGUGUCCGAAUGCCUUUCGAGAGUUGAGACCUUUACAUUUUCUAUAGCGGAAUAAAACUUGGCGGUUUUCUAGAGCAUGCCAGCUGUUGCUGCCAUUUAUAUUUACGAGAGUAGAAACGAUACUCUGAACCAGUGGACAACUCUCCUGGUACACCUAAAAAACAUAUUUGUGUCCCAGAAAACGAGUUCAUCCUCAAACAAAUAAAAAAUAUAUAUGCACUCGUUCUGUAAAUGUUAUCAGUGAGAAAGAAGUAAUGUAUCGAAAACUGACAUCAUCUCUUCUGUGACGUCAAAUACGAUAUUCGAAAUGGUAGCCAGUUGACGUUUUCCUCUUUUACUUACCUUGAACUGAGACGGAUUUCUUUCUGGUCAUUAUUACGAAAAAGCUUGCAGUACAAUUUUUUUAAUUAUGAAUGAGUAAUUGACUCAAAUAUAUUCUCGUAGUAGAAUUUUACCUCCCACAACAGAUGAAAUUCAGAUAUUAAUAUUUUUUGUUUGUUACCGUUUUCCAUGGUGUCAUGUUACAGUAACGGGCAAAAUAAAUAGCCAACCUAUUAAGACCAUCUUUAAGAAACAUAUGAGCUCCCUGGAAUACAUAUCAACAUCAGGUCCUUAAAUAUACAUCAGUUUAUGUAAGUUUAACAAAAAGUCUUCGCUCUUAGUUUUUUGCAGUUACACUGUAUGUGUUACGUCGACGCCGAUUGUACAUCAGGAAAUAGAAAAGUACAUCUGUCUGGUGCACCACUUACCACAUUCCACCGAUAAUUUGUUCUGUAUUAAAAUGAAAGUUACGGUUAUAUACAGUACGGUUUUUAAUUUCAAGUUUGCAUAGUCUUUUGUUAUGAAGCUUUGGUCAUUUAUAUAAAAAAAUGAAUAUUCAUGACCAAUGGCGGUCAUAAGUCUGAAAGAUAAUGUAUAAAUUCUUAAUAACAUUUUACCUAAUAACUAGUAUAACUAAAGUGGGGCGCUUCACCAAGACUGUUUACGGUCAGUACGGCUGCAGCUCGUAAAGGAAACUAAUACGGUAAUUAACCUUUGUGUCUUGGAGAUAAGGAUUAUUUUAUACCAUAUUUCGAUAGUUAAUAUUUAAUUAUAAGUUAGAUGAGGUGAUAAUUAAGUGGCCAAGCUCUGGUGAAACCGAUUACUGUUCCCUUAAACUUCUUUGUGUUUCGGUCUCAUGGCGUAUGAUGUACUGUAAGUGGUGGGUAACACAGGAAGCCCACCACUGGUGAGACGCGUGUUGCUUCCGACAACUGCUUUUAGGCGGAAAAUGUAGAGAUCUUGUGUGGAUGACAGCUCGCUUGGUUUAAGGACAAAAUGGGUGUUAAGUAUUGUUAGCAAGCAUGGCGGAUGGCGACUAGUGCUGGUUUAGAAAUGUGGGUGAGGGUUAUUCCUUUAUGUCAUAAGGUGCCUCCGACGGUAGUAGGACCAGAAAAAUGCCGUGAGGCAGAAUGACCUUUUCCUUUUUAGCGAACAGCAAAAGAGAUGCUGAAUCUUGUUAGCUUUCAAGGCAGGAGUUGCAGGACUGUUAUAAAAGCUUGGGCCAGAGGUGUUCUUUUAUGGUGAGCUUAUCCCCUGGAAGUUAAGUUGAAUCAGGACAGUCGUGAAACAGAUGAACUUUUCUUGUUCAGGUAAAGGGUUAGGAAUCUUUAUUGCCACGAAGAUCCAGGCACGACAAUAAGAGCUGGAGUUGUGUUUCUGCCAUGAUACUUGGUUUGGGAGCAUUUGCUCGUCAUAUUAUUAUACCACAUUCAAAACCUUUGUUCGCGAUUUUCAUUAUAAUUUAGUUAGAAUAUAUAGUAAUAUUACAGAGCCAUGAUAACAUGUAUUUUUUAUUGUAGUGUCCGGAAGAUAAAGGCAAUUAGUGCAAUUUUUCGAGGGAAUCUAUAACUAAAAAUGAAUAAUAACAAAGAUGGGUGUCAUUAUGUUAAUGUCUUGUUGACUAUCCGAGUUAAGAAUAUGAAAGCAAUAGUUGAAUUUGUAAAUUUAUUAUUAAUUAGUAUUAGUGCUACUGUAUAUUAAAACUCACAUGUAUGUAUCAAUAUGUGCUUGAUAAUGACCUCAGAUUGUACCAACAGCCAUCAAGACUAAUAUGGAACUUUAAUGUCUUAUUUAUGAAAUGUUGUUUUCUUUGCACCUCUGUCUUAGAAUGUGUACGUCGUGUAAGGCUUUUUUGUCCAAAGAAAAGGGAAGAAAAUACAUUUAAUUGUAGUCUAUAUUGUUUUCUUAUAAUUUAUUUUUUAACAAUUUACAUGUUUAUUUUUGUUUCUCUUACAAAAUAUGUAGAAAAUGUAAAUUACGAGAUAACUAUUGUAUAAUGAAUUUUUAUCUCAUAGCAUUUUUUUAUGAAGCACUCGUGAAGAACACGACCAGCUGAGUAACACCACAGUGUGCUUAAUUGGUGGUGACUAGUGUAUUUACUAACUUAGAUUACUCGUUUAAUACAUAUACAGAAAUAUAUUAGAACAUCAAUAUCACCUCAGCAUUUCUUGUGUAUCUCAGCUGCUGGAUGACAAGGAUUAAUUUAACAUCAAUAAUGAGAAGAAACCAUUUGGUACUUUUAAUUGUAUCAAGAAAAAUGACGGAGUGAGCAUUAAUAUUUUGAUAAUGAAUGCACUCGUCCUAUACGUUCAGAUUAAGGGUUCGUCUCAUACAAGAGCUGUUAUCAAUAUCUAUUAUAUAACCCGUUUUUUAACUGCACAACUACUUGCAAUAGUUUUGUACAAUGAAAAUUCUUUAAAAAAAUCGCGUAGGUAAUUUCUGUUAUACAAUAAACGUUGAUGUGUGUCA